AUGGAUAUCGAAGAGCUUAGACUGAAAAAUAUCCAGCGGAACCAAGACUUGCUUCGGCAAUUGAACUUGGACUCGCUCCACAAGAACAUCGGCCGCGAGGCGCGUCCCGAGCCUAAACCCAAACGUGCGAAGCGUGCUCCAAAGAAAGAGCCGCAACGCGUCAUGCCCACGCGUCGGUCUCGUCGUUUGGCCAAUUCGCCGGAAAGUCAGGAGGAAGAUCGUAUUGAGGAGCAGCGGGCAGAGAUGGAGCGUCUCCGGCAGCAGCGGCUCAAGGAUAUGCGGUCGAUGAGGUUGGAUGGAGAUUUUGCGAUGGACGACUUGGUGGCAGACCUACGGCUGGGGAGCCUCAUAGACGAGGACAAGAUCUUGGGCAAGAAGUUGGCCGCUGAGUUGGAGAAAAUGAAGAAGGAGCAGGGUAUCAAGGAUGAGGGUGACCAGGGUGAAGACGUUCAGAAGGAAGAGCACGAUGACGAAGAUGAAGAAGACAAAGAGGGCCAGAAGGAUGAAAAGAAAAAGAAGCCAAGUCAGAGCAAUGUCAAGGAAGAGAACGACGAUGCGGUAAAGACAAACGUCAAAGCUGAAGACACUGAGGACAAUGAGGAAGAAGUGACUGCCGAAGUACCAUACUUGACGACAUUGAAAGAGCUUGGUCCAAAAUACACUCUGUUGGAAAACACAUCUGAAGCUGUGGAAUCCAGUUCAGCAUCGCUCAAAGAUAUGCGUCUGAAAUUGCUGAAGUUGGCUCUCACUAAGAACGCCGACCCUCGGGACUUCAAACUCACCUACAACAGAAUCACCUCGAUGUUUCUCCAUCUGGCCACUUCCGAUCGUCUCGUGGCUGCGGGCGAUACAAACGGAAACUUGGGCUUGUGGGCCGUAGAUGCUCUGCAUGACUCGGAGCCAGUGGUGGCUUUGUUCAAGCCACAUGGUAGAACAAUCAGUCGUAUCGCCGAGUUGCCGCUGAACGCUCACAAACUCGUUACUGCGUCGUACGACGGCUCUUGCAGAAUGGUCGACCUUGCCAAGUUCGUAUCGACAGAGCAAUUUGUUACCGGCAGCGCUGAGGAGCCGGCUGGAAUCUCAGAUAUUAGUGUCAUUGACCAAAACCAAAUCUACGCUACCACAUUGGACGGACGAUUCCUCCGGAGAGAUCUUCGUGAACGCAAAGGCUCGGAAUAUCUUCGAUUGCAUGACAAGAAAAUCGGAGGGUUUGCGGUCAACCCUAAUGCAGAUUAUCAGAUAGCCACCGCCAGUCUUGACCGCUCAAUGAGAAUAUGGGAUUUGCGCAAUAUCAAAAAGAAAAACACAGUCUCUGAGUUGGAGGAUGGCCUUAAAGCGCCGCACUUGUAUGGAUCCUUUCCCUCUCGACUUUCCAUCUCGACUGUUGAUUGGAGUCAAAGCAACAGAUUGGUGUGCAACGGCUACGACGAUAAAAUCCAAAUUUUCGACUACAGUGGUGCCAGCAACAAAUUGAAGGUCAUUACCAGCUGGAGUGAUACAUAUCAACCUGAUGAGAAGACGAAAACGGACGGUAUUGUUCCCGAGAACCUUGAGAGCUUCAAAAGCAUAAACCACAACUGUCAAACGGGGCGCUGGGUCUCGAUCUUGAAGGCUAGGUGGCAGAAGCGGCCCGCCGACGGCUAUCAGAAAUUUGCCAUUGCCAACAUGAAGCGGAGUAUUGAUUUGUUCAAUGAGGAUGGAGACCGACUCGUGACUUUAUCUGAUCCAGAUCUCAUGACGGCCGUACCUGCGGUUGUUGCAUUUCAUCCUACAGAGAAUUGGAUUGUUGGAGGCUCUUCCAGCGGAAAAGUGUUCUUGUUUGAGUAG